UUGUCCUCCAGCGGAAGCUAUCGAUCAAUCCACAAUGCCUGCCGAGUCUCAUUCAACUCCCAGGUAAGGUUUCGUAUACUGUCUUUGUGACUUACUAAUUAUCAUUAGCCCGGGCGACACAAUAGUAUUGGUGAUGGGCCUCACAGGGGCCGGGAAAAGCACUUUUAUCGAAAGAUUGACAGGGUUAGACGCUGGAAUAGGGCAUGAUUUGGUGUCUGAAACCAGUCGCAUCACUAUCUAUCCCUAUUUAUACGGUAAUCGGCGCAUAUUCUUGGUUGAUACACCUGGCUUUGACGAUACUAGAUGUAUAGAUUCUGCCAUCUUCACAGAUAUUGCUUUUUACCUGGGCCAGAUCUAUAAAAGCUGCUUUCGCCUUGGGGGAAUAUUAUAUCUUCAUCGAAUCACCGACAACAGAGUAUCGGGAUCAGCAAUGCGAAGCUUCCAAUUAGUUCAGAAGAUUUGCGGUUCACAAGGAGCAAAGUUUGCCAGAUUAGUCACGACGAUGUGGGACGAAGCUCCAGAAGGUACCUCUCUCUACAGCUCAGCAGUGAAGAGGGAGAUGGAACUUAAGUCCACCGAAGGCUAUUGGGGCUGGAUGAAGAAUUGUGGCAGCCGCACACAGCGAUGCAUGGACACACGAGCAUCCGCCCUCUCUAUUCUUUCAGGUCUUCUUGCUGUUUCUGAUGCUCAAGGUCCAGUUGUCUUCCAACUCCAGCAAGAGAUUAUCGAGGAGCAUAAGGAAUUUGAUGAAACCGCAGCGGGGAUUGUCCUCAAUAACCACUAUGCCACCCGGUGGGAUCGCUUGCAAGGUGAACUCAGAGCCUUGCAAAAACCUCUCCUGAAGAGCGGAUCAUUAGCUUUGGGAUCGAGACAAGAAGUCCAGGAACAAAGACAGGACUUGGAGCGACAGAUAACAGCAGUAGAAGUGGGUGAAAGGCAUUUGCGCCAAACAGUUGAAUCGCAUUUCGCGGACAAAACAAAAAGACACCGGACAAGAUUCAACCACACACAGGACGAGAUUUCCGAGCUUUCAUCCAAAAUUGAAAGUUUAAAGUCAGAACUAGAAAGUCUGAGGGAAGUCUCAAGCCGAUUCACUCAAGCCUUUGAUCCCCAGAGCCGAGGUUCAAUGAGGACCCCUCCUGAGGUUGCUUCGUUCCGACCCCGGGGCAUGUCGGGUAGAAGAGACCACAGGUCCUCAUCAUAUACUUAUGAGAGGAGUAGCUUCGAUGAUUCAGACGGUACUAGAGGCUUACAACAUGGCAGACCUCAACAACGCAACAGGUUGCAAAGGAUGAACAAGCCCCAAUACUCAAUGGAGGUCAUGAGUAGCGAAGAAAGGAAGAUCUUAUUAGAAAGAGAACUUGCCCGUCAGGAAAAACGCAAGAUCAUGAAACGAAAUACACUAGCUGUCCUAGGGAUGCUAGGUGGCGUAGCAACGAUUGCAGCUGGGGCUGCGACCCUACAGAUUCCUGUCGUUGCGGCGGGCAUUGCCUUAUUUGGUACCGCUGGGAUGAAGCUAGACUUGCACAAGAAGAAGAAAAAGAAGCCGGAAGAAGAUAGGGAGUGGGUCGUAUCCGAGCAUGAUUAGACCUAGCUAUAGAAUGAAUAUACCUCCGUACGUCAUAUGGCUAGCUGUUUACCGCUAAGCCUUACUCAACUGCCGGAAGCGAAUGCGCGUAUCCGAGGCAAAGAACCCACUAUACUAUUAAUAAGGCAGCAAGAGAACUCUCUAAUCAAGAUUUAGCAUCUAUGUACUGUAAAUGAAGCCACUUGGCUCGCUACAUGGAAAUUGUGU